AUGGCCGAUUCAUCAACACCAAGCACACUCGAGGGUUCGAGCAUCAACUCCGAUCUUUCGCUUUUCGUGACAAGAGGGAUGGACGAAAUGACCGACAAAAUGGAACCUGUUUCGUUCGAUUCAGGCUCUUUGACUAUCAAUGACUCUUUUGGUCAGACAGAAGGCAUGCAUUCUGAACCAGACUUUGAUAGUGAACAACUUCAGGCAAAAAUGUUGGGUGUAUUGAAGCAAAUUCGUCAACUCUCUGAUAUCAUGGGCACCUUGGAGCUUGAUAAGAACCCAAAGACGGAGUUGCAUCGAUUGCGAAAGAAUCUCCUUGGACUGAGCAACUUCAGGUACCCAGAUUCACGGACGGUGGGCCUGAUUGGCAAUUCUGGUGUAGGCAAAAGCACUGUUGUGAAUUCCAUCCUUGGCGAGGAAAACCUUGCGCGCUCGAGCGAUUAUGGGGGAGCAUGCACAUGCGUGAUCGUCGAGUAUCGGCCCCUGGAUGGCCAACACAGCCAGCCAUAUACAAUCGAGGUGGACUACAUGGACAUGGAAGAGAUGCAUGAGCUUCUUCGCGAGCAUCCUGAAAGUAUCCGUCAGCAUUAUUUUCUUCUCGAAAUGCCCUCGGAAGCUGACAAGGAGCUUGGCGAGGAAGACAUGAAACCCGGGACCAAAGGUCAUGGUGCAUCUGAAAGCCAGUCCAUAGAGCACGAUAACUCGAAUGACGAUGGGAGGCUUACCACCGAUGAGAUCAUUCAAUUGAAGAAAGCAAACCAUUCAGCCCGGCAAACCUUUGACUGUCUUUUCAAAGGUGACAAUAAACCGUCCCUGAAGACAUUGAUCCAAAGAGACAGCCUUGAUACAGAAGAUGGACCUGACACCCAGAAAAGAAUCAUCACCGAUCUUAUGCAGAGAGCCAAAAAUGGUCUUUCUCAUCGGCCGGGUGGCCCCUGUGCUAUCCAGUACACCGAGACACCCAAUGGCAUCGAGGAGUUCCAAACGCUUUUGGAUAGCCUAACGAGCGACUUCCGUGACGAUACCGCCGCAAUUUGGCCAUUUAUCAAAUCAAUCAGGGUAUACUUGGACGCGCCAGUCUUGAAGACGGGAUUGGUUCUGGCGGAUAUGCCUGGGUUGCACGAUCUGAAUUUCACACGGCAGAAAGCCACCGAAAUUUACAUUCGAUCCAAGUGUCACGUUCUCGCAUACGUGACCAAGAUGUCUCGGUGCCUUGCCGAUGAGACUAUCGAAAAAACAUAUUGGAAGGUUUGGAACGGCGGAAAAUCAAUCAUAGUAGUAACCCGAUCUGAGGUGAACUCCUUCCUUCUCCUGACUUUUGAGUUUUAUUUUCUGACGUUUCCCCAGGAAAUCGAGGGCGCCGGAGGUGACAGAGGCAAUGCGGACCAACAUACGCAAACCCGGAGUUUCGAUGAGAAACUCAAGCAACUGAGAAACCGCAUCAAAAUUGUCAGCGCUUCCAUGCACAGAGCUGCAGAGUCCGACAAAAUCAAACUUUUUGAUGAAUUUACCCAGUUAAGCGCGAAGGAAAAGACCUUGCAGUACGAAAAACGAAGUUAUCUUAUCAAAAAACGCAACAACACGAUAAUUAUUGAUAUGGGCAUGAUGCCUGAGCGCAGAAAUAUGAAAGUCUUUUGCGUGAGCAAUAAGCUCUUCGCAGAGCAUCGGAAUGGGGACGAUGAAUGGAGCGAAGCAUACGUCGAGUUGAGCGGGAUACCCGAGCUCCGCUCUUAUUGUCGAUCGAUUCUUGCAGAUGCUCAGAAAAGCCAAGCCGCUCAAUAUCUCAGAAUCGAUGUUCCCGCGGCUAUUUCCUCCGCGGACCUCUGGGUUUCUGGUGCAUUCGACCAGGAAAGCAAGAGAAAAGCCUCACUUGUCAAAAAGGAGCUCAGUCUUGUGCAGGAAAGACUCAAGGAACUGUUGCGCCUGGGGAUUGACGUUGAGCGUGGGCAGAGUUUCAAAUCCAGUCCUGGCGGAGUCGUCCCACGCUACCAUCUUGAGCUCGAACAGAUGUUUCAACGUCGUAUCCUCGGCGCCAUCAAUGAAAUCAGUGAGGAGUGGCAAGAGCACUGCAAUCAGAUAUGCGAAGCCUGGGUCAAAAAUUGGUCUCCCGCGUCAUUCAUGGCAUUUUGUCGAAAUAAGGGAAUUCACUCAUCGAGAGUGCAAGGCGAGCAUGAUUGGAACUUGGAACUAUUCGAGCCCGCCAACGAGAGGCUGAGCCUCGCGUGGGAAGAAUUCCGGGACGCGUUUCGAAAUGAAACUGCGAGAAUCCCAAGUGAUAUCGAAGAGCGGAUACUUUAUUAUACCAAAUCACUCCGGGAGUCCAAACGAUUUCCCACAAGAAUUCGCGAAUCAAUCCUAAUGAUUAUCGGCUUCACCAAAGAGAAGAUCUUAGCACGCAUCAACAAGGCCAUCGGGGGGAUUGACACUUUAACGAGGGAUGUCCGGAAAGACAUGCUGGAUACCAAGACCAGCACGACCUCUGUCGUCUACGAGUACAUGCUUCCCGCUUAUCAGUUCGCAAAUGGCGAAGGGGGAUCGGGCAGUGACAAGCGACGGAAAAAUGCUAUACGUGAGCAGAUCAUCUGCGGGGGACCAGAGGGCAAAGGAUUUGUCCGAAGCUACAGUUUUCUCGCCAAUCGAGCCUUCAUCCAUCCGCUGGAUCAAAUCUUUCAAGUAGUGAGCGAGAAGGUCGACGAGGAAAUCGACAGCACCCUUCAAAAUCUCCAGGCUGUAAUCGACGGCCAGGGGAAGAUGCCAGAAGCCGCCACGGACGAGCCGACAGCAAGGGAGGUCAAGGAGCAGCUGGGGCGCAUUAAAGAUGCAUUGCUUUCUGCUACUUCGGUGCUGAUGGAACUUGAGAAACAGUGA